CAUGGCCCCAUCUAACGGGUGUACCGAAAGUGUUUAAUGUUUGUGGGCACCAGCCGCACCUACUUCUCUUUCGGUCUUCAACAUCCUCGAGAGAAAAAUCCUCAGUGCACGAGUGUGAGACAGAGUUCCGAGCUUUCCCAAUACAUUUCCAUCUUCAAAACCAUGGCUUCUUAAACCCUAAUCAGCUUCUUCUUUUUUGUAUUCUCUACCGUUGGAAUAUCCUGGGUUUCUCACCGAAAAUUCCAAAUCAUGAGGUACUUAAACUACAUUUUAAGAACAUCUAGAAACCCUAGAAUUUUAUCUCUAAAAGACUCUUCUUUUCUAGGUUAUUUAUCACAAUCAAUAAACCCUAAUUCCUCAAUUCCAAAUGAACGAUCUUGGAAUAAUCGUUUUGCAUCUACAUCAACUGAAGAAGUAAAACCCAGUGAAAGAGUAAUAUCACUUGUGGAUGAAAUCAGUGAUCUUACAUUACUUGAAGUUGCAGAUCUAACAGAAGUAUUGAUGAAGAAAUUGAAUAUAAAUGAAAUGCCAAUCAUGACUAUGAUGAUACCAGGAAUGGGAAUUGGUGGUAAAGUUGGUGGGGGUGUAGGAGGAGCUUCAAAAGGGGGAGAAGAGAAAAAAGCUGCUGAAAAAACUGCAUUUGAUUUAAAGCUUGAAGGGUUUGAUGCUGCUGGAAAGAUUAAGAUUAUUAAAGAAGUUAGAACUUUUACUGAUUUGGGUUUGAAAGAAGCUAAAGAAUUGGUUGAAAAGGCUCCAACUUUGUUAAAGAAAGGAGUAACUAAGGAAGAAGCAGAGAAGAUUAUCGAGAAGAUGACGGCUAUUGGUGCUAAAGUUACAAUGGAAUAAUAAGAACAAUACCAAAGAUGGUGGCCCUUAUCUAACAGGUUCAGUAGUUAACCCAGGCGCUGCUUAUUAUAUUUCACAAAAUCUAACACAAACUAACUUGGUGAUUAGGCUGGUUUGGCUACCAAUUGUGAUGUAGUGUCAGUGCCUGGUUUCCCUACUGAACUUCCAGGAGUGUUUUGUUUUUUUAUACAAUAUGACAUGAAUUUAGGCAU